AUGCCACCGCCUUUAUCUAAAUAUUUACCCACCGAAUGUCUUGAAGCUAUUUUCUCAGAAAUAGACCCAAAUGACUAUUGUACGUUACAUUCUAUAAUUCUCGUGAACCGAAAAUGGUGUGAAUCCGGAAUCCAGAUGUUAUGGCGAAAACCAUUAAAUUGUAACACAAUUCCGAUUGAACGCCUUAUGAAAAUUCUUCCUUCUUAUUUGGCGUUUGUUGAUCAACAUGAUGUCGACAACAAACCUUUAUUCAAUUAUCCUGCAUUCUUGCGGGAGCUAAAUUAUAAUGUUUUGUAUAAAUUGGUUGAGGCGUGGAUUCAAGCGAAUGAACCUACAAAAGAAGAUUGUUUGGAUAUUGACGGCACUGAAUUUUUUACCGGCAAUACAUUUGAAGAACGUCGAUUUCAGAUUGCAAACGAAAUUUGUAAAGUGGUAAUCUUGUCUCAAGGCGGGCUGGAUUAUUUCAAUGUUAAUUUGUAUCCAAGUUUCGAAAAAACUACUGGACACGUUUGGUUUGAAAAAUGCGCAAGGGCAGCGACUUCCGAAAUUCCAUCUUUUUUGGCGGCUAGCAAUUGUUUUGCGGAUCUCGAAACGUUAGUUUGCAACGAUUUUUUCAACACAAAUCAUUUUUUCAUACGACUUUCUCAAUACGCUCAUUCAAUUCAGGAUUUAACAAUAUCCAUCAAUUGUCGAUAUUCUUUGGCGAUUCGUGAUACGAGAUUAUCGCCAUUUGAUAUGCCAUUAUCAAAUAAAAAUAUUGAAUUUAUUCAUUUGAUUAACGCACAACGUAAAUUGAAGAAAUUAAAAAUUGAGAAUGGGAAUUUCGUUGACAUAUCGGAAGAAUUGUCCUUGAUUUUUAACAAUCAUUUGACAAAAUCAUUGGAAAAGCUGGAAAUUAACGGAGGAAUGCUGUCUGAGGAUUCCGCACUUGAAGGAUUAUUAAAAUGCAAAAAUUUGGAACAAUUAAGUUUCGAGAACUUUACGAUUACUCCUGGUAAUUUAAAUUCAUUAGCCAUGACGAUAUUUCCAAAGCUUAAUUCGAUCCGGUUUAUCAACAUCGACAGAAAUUGGAAUCAAGAUCCAAGAAAUGUGACAAUACACACAAAUUUAGUUGCGUUAAUUGGCAACUCAAAUGAAAGACUAACAAGUAUCUUCAUUUAUAUCAAAACGAGUUAUUGCUUAAAUCUUUUGACGAAAAUCGCGGAAAAUUGUCCAAAUCUCGUAAAUUUUGGCACUUACCUUAUGAACGAUCAAAAUGCUGAGGAUCUUUUAAUCUUGUUGAAAACUUGUCGAAAACUUAAAAGCCUUAAAAUUCCGAAAUCUCUAGAACUAGUAUAUGCUAAUGCAGAAGACGACGCUUUCCAAGAUUCUCGAUUGUUUCAAUUAUACAAAUAUUUUCCGAAAAUCGCGGAAAAUCUUCCAGCUUGCUUUGAAAAUUUAAAUGUGGCAUAUUGGGCAAUAUUGGGAAAAUAUUUCCGUGGAUUUCUUGAUAAAGCUCCUGCGGGUCUUACCGCUUUAACUUGGGCAGGUGAAGCUCGUGCCGUUAAUAAACACGAAAAUUUAUUGAAGCAAUACGCGAAGAAGAAUGGGAAACGUGUUAAAUAUUUUAGAAUUAAUAAAUUAUAUAGUUGUGAUUAUGCUCAAAUAACUGCGGAAUUGGAAUAA